AUGGAGGGAAUUAACUUCAAUGAAAGCAACACUGACAUCAACCCCAACAGCAAUCAGCAGAUCCCUACAUUCUUCGGAAUGGAAGGCUCGCAUGCUUGGCUGCAAAGCCUGGAGCCGCAAGGCACGGGAGGCAUUGAACACGGUGACACUCUCUCCAAUACCAUAGUCACUAAUGCGGAGAUAGAUGGCUCGCGCGACCGAGAAUUGGACCUGGUCAAGGCCAUGAAGCACGAAGUCAGCGAGUUCACCGAGGUCAUGGAGCAGUUGUUCCAUGACAUGCACGCCCGCAUGAAAAAGGCGGAGUACGAGCGGGACGUCGCCCUGGGCAAGAUUCGUCCGUCCGAGAACAUGAACGGGGUGGCCUCCCAGUCGGCCCCGCAGUUUGGCCGUUUUCGUUUCCACGAUGCGGAGGGCGCUCCUAUGACCUCUUCUCCUCUUGCAGCCUCGGACGAUGUAGAGGACGAAGAAGAGUAUGUCCAAGAAGCAAAUUCCCCAUUCAUCGAUUUCAAGUUCGAGGCCUCCAAGAAGAAUGCCGGCAGACGCAAGGCACCCAACAGCUUGUCCUCACUCUUGGUCCCCAAGGCGACAUCAUCGACCAGCCAAAGCUUCAGCCCCACGAAGAUCACCAAGCGGCCCUCAAGCAAAGCGCGCAUGCAUUACGCCAAGCAUGUUACUUCGGACAUGGUCUCUUCAAAGGCUCUCAUCCCCAACGUGCCCCUCACAGAUACGGAGGUUAUCGUCUUCUUCUACCAAACUACCGCCCGCCCCGUCGUCGCCUUGCGCCUGUACGCCCGUGGCUGGGGUCCCGCCAAGAUCGCCGACGUGCUAACCGUCCACCGCGGCGGCGAGUACCUGCGCAACUCGUGCUCGGUCAAGUGCACCGCCAGCAUCAAAAAGGGCAAGAAGAACUGCGGCGAAGACUGGCUUAACCUCAUCAAGGAAGCCUUCGAGGUGGCCGACGAUGCCAAGGCAACCGAGUUGAUCCGCUACGGAGACAGGGAGAUGAAGCUACUCAAGAUCGUCGACGCGAAAAUCAAGUCGCUGGCCAAGGGUGUCAUCAACAUGCCCAAGGUGGGCAAGGGUGCCGGCUUGUUCACCAAGUACGUUGAGUACUGUGCUGAGAAUGAGCUUGAUUUCAGGCUGUCGCAAACCGAGGAGUUGUCGGAGUUUAUGAAGGAGGGGCAAAAGGACGCGGAGAAGUUGAUUGAGGAGAUAAAGAUGGGUUAUACGGACAUGGAGUUUUAG